CUGGCCUCAUUAACUGGCUAAUAGAUUUAUAUCAACGAGGACUUAGUGGCUUUAAUUUCUCUCGUUACCGAUGUCGAUAUGAGAGCGUGGCUGUAAGUGCUUAGACAAAUCAUUUGCUACUUAAUUGAACGAGGACUGUCUGCCAAUAACAGAAAGGCUUUACACUUGAAGAAAAAAUCGCUUUGCUUUGAAAACAAUAUGUCCUCGUACAUUUAAUCUGCUGCUCCCGUGAUGUAAUUUUAAUAGCCAUAAAUUUUAAAACAGAAGGCUUACUGGGUUUUCUCUUUUAACCUUCCUUAUUUUCACUUUGGGAAUUACUUUUAAAUUAACUUCGAUUUCUGUCUAAGAAGAAUCAGCAGCUGCGAAAGAGUUCAAACAGCGAUGGAGUGUCGAGUAAAUCCAGGAGCUUUCUUGUCCCCAUGCCACUCCAGGGAUGUACAUUUCAUCACCACCCAGCGGACCUGGCACCCCCACAUCUACAAUCCACCCCCGAAGCAACCAACGCCUUUCUUCAUUUCGCACAUUCUCGGAUUAUCAGAGCAAAGCAAAAACACUGAAGCCAAAAAAAUUAAUAAAGACAGCGACAAUUUGCCGAACAGUCGAGAGGAAACCCUUAGGAGUAGCAAUUAUACGACAGAAGAGGGAUUCAAGGACGACUGCAAGUGUGGUGGGUGUCUGAGUGGACUAAAAGAAAACGACAAUCAAUUGAAGAGCGGAUCUCCUGUAACAAUCACUAAUGAGUCCGUCGACGUGGAGAAAAGGAAGAAAACAGAUGACAGCGAAUCUACGGAGCAGCCGACAAAGAAGAAAAAAGCGCGAACAACUUUCACUGGGCGCCAAAUAUUUGAAUUAGAAAAGCAGUUUGAACAGAAAAAGUAUUUGUCAUCGGCAGAAAGAGCUGAAAUGGCGACAUUGCUCAAUGUCACAGAAACGCAGGUUAAGAUAUGGUUCCAGAAUCGUCGGACUAAAUGGAAAAAACAGGAGAACAUUUCGAACGCCGAGGCCGCAGAACACAAACUAAGUGUGGAGAAAUGCGCUCACGUGCAAAAGACCGUUUCGAUGAGUAAACAGAUGGCCGACAAUCCAAGCAACUCACCUUGUUCCAUCGUCAUUAAACGUGAAGACAACCAUUCCUCACCAUCAUCCGAUGACAAAUGUCGAGAAACAUACAUGUGCUGUGACAACAUUAAAGUCGAAAAAAUAGUUGAAAAUGACAUUAAAAUUGAAAAUGACUUUACAGAUUCAUGUCAGGACGAUUGUGAAAAUGAACACGAAAUCAACAGUGCUACUGAACAACAAACUGGUCAAGAAGCGGAUGUCCCGAUGGACACCCAGUAGCUACACAUUUAUGUUGUCUCUCUACCUAACUUUAUCACCUAAACCCCUUUGUCUUUUAUAUUAUACACACACAUUUAUAUUUAAGUGUACACGUAGUUGUGUAAUAAAUAAUAACUUAAUAACAGAUGCAAAACCAA